AUGAAGUGCAAAAUCCGGAACCGAAGGCUGAGUCCUCAACUUUGUUACGUGGCACUGAAACCAUGGCUUGUUUUUCUUGAAAACAGUUUGUACAUCCUUCUGAGCUUAAAACGAAAGGUGCGUCGUUUUGCAGGGGCCGACAACCCGCUACAGCGGCUGCUGAAGGCUGCGGAGAAGAAUGACGUGGCUGAACUGAGUCGAAUGCUAUCCGAAGACCCAUCGCUCGUGCACGCUGCCGACUCCGAUGGCUAUACGGCCCUCCACAGGGCUUGUUACGCCAACCACCCGAACGCUGCCCGGGCGCUGCUUGCAGCGGGUGCGAGCGUUCGGGCCCGCACUGUUGACGGCUGGGAGCCGCUACACUGCGCCUGUAAGUGGGGCGCCCUCGAGUGCGCCAUGGUGCUCCUGCAGCACGACGCCGACCCCAACAGCCCCAGCGAGGGAGGCCUGACACCCGUGCACCUGGCGGCCAGCCAGCCGUCCAGCCGCACGCUGCUCGAGACUCUACUCUGGAACCCGUUUGCGGAUGUGCGUUCCAGGAGCCGUGCCGGCGACACGCCUAAAGACCUGGCUGCCAGGCACGGGCCCUGGGCCUCCCUCUUCGACAUCGUCGCUGACGAGAUCAACGUCUUCUGAAAAACUUGAGCCCGAGCAGCUCCGGCAAAAUUCUAAGACGUGCUGAUGCAGUGGCACUUUUAGGGAACCUUUAAAGAAGCUGUUCUGUGGAUAAUUUCGAAAAUAUUUUUUUUCGCAGAUUAAUGUUACUCUAGUUGGUGAGCCAAUGCCACUGCUGUUGGUGCGGAGCACGAGUAGUUUUUGGCUACGCAACCUUAGACAAAUCAAAAGUUUCAUCGGGCGAUGAAACCUCAGAUUUGCAGGACACUUGUUGUUCCUCAAAGUGCACCCAUGCUGUUACGACAUCUAAGCGUCUGCAGUCAGUUCAGUUGCUUGCAGAGCAGUUCCCUAAAUGUGUGUGUAAUAACAUUGUGUGUAUGACAGCGUGACCUACAUGGGGCAGCAAUUUGUGGUGAUGGGUGCCAAUGGCUGCAAGCAUUUUAUAUCGAUGGGGUCGGUGCUGAAUAGUUUUGGAGCAGUGCUGAGAUGACUUCUUUCUUCCCACCACGAGAAUGAAAAUAAACAACACGAAGAGUGG